GGAGAAAAGAGUUUUUGGCCUCUGUUUAUCACUCUUCGUCUUCUACUUCUUCUUCUUCUUCUUCUUCUCCUUACUUCGGUUCGUAUUAAACCGAUGGAACCGAUGGAACCACCGAUGGAACAGAUGGAACAGAUUGAACCACCGAUGGAACCGAUGGAACCACCGAUGGAACCACCGAUGGAACCGAUGGAACCACCGAUGGAACCACCGAUGGAACCACCGCUGGAACCACCGAUGGAACCGCCGAUGGAACCGAUGGAACCACCGAUGGAACCGAUGGAACCGAUGGAACCACUGAUGGAACCAGCGAUGGAACCGAUGGAACCACCGAUGGAACCGAUGGAAGCGAUGGAAGCGAUGGAACCACUGAUGGAACCACCGAUGGAACCGAUGCGUAUUGGUACUCACAAGUCUGCGGGUGCUAGCAUUUGCCAGUUCAACGAGUGGAUUACUCACAGCGCCAAGUACCGUGAUCUGCCGCUCAAUGCCCAGCUUGGAUUCACGGUGUGGGAUGUUCUGGACCCACUGCAAGAGAUUGCUGUUGGCGGGGCUACAAUUUCCCUUUUUAGCAAACGUAUGCAGUUGAAGAGGGGGCGGCAGAAACUACGGCUAUGGCUUGGGAGAGUGGCUGACGGUUCUGUGCCCACCAACACCCCUGGUAAGGCAAUGGGAGCUUUGCAGGUCCUAGCCCAGCCGUUGACUGUCUCGAAUGAUCUGGUCAAAGUUUUUGACCCGGAAGUUGGUUGCCCGAAUCCUGCUGAAGAGAAGCAGAUCAAACUGGCAAGAAGUCUCACUCGCGGGAUGAUUGAUCGCGACUUGAAGCCCAACUCGCAAGAGCGGAAAGGAAUUGUUGCGAUUUUGAACCAGCCUACAAAGAAGGCUUUGACUGGUGAUGAGCGGCAGUUGCUAUGGCGGUUCAGAUUCUCCCUUACAACUGAUAAGAGGGCGCUGACAAAGUUUUUGCGUUGUGUCGACUGGAGUGAUACUCAGGAGGCAAAGCAGGCCACAGAGUUAAUGCACCGCUGGGCCUCUAUUGACAUUGCAGAUGCGCUCGAGCUCUUGUCGCCAGCGUUCACAAGCGAAGAGGUGCGUGCUUAUGCGGUCUCAGUGUUGGAGAAGGCAGAUGAUGAGGAGCUGCUUUGUUAUGUGCUGCAGCUGGUACAGGCACUCCGAUACGAGAGAACGGAUCAUUCACGGCUUGCCUUGUUCCUGGUCUCAAGAGCGGCGAAGAAUGCUGAGCUGGCAAACUUCAUGCACUGGUAUUUGGUGGUUGAAUGUCAUGAUCCCACCUACAGCAAUCGUUAUUCGUCCACUUUAACAAAGUUUGAAGAAGCCCAGUCUCAGGAGCCAGGAGGAGACAAGAUACUGGACAACCUGAAGAGGCAAAGAGAAUUAACGGCGCAGCUGUGUGCGAUUGUGAGGGAGGUGAAGAUGGUUCGAGGAGCGCAGCGAAAGAUAGAGAAGUUGAGGCAGCUGCUUUCGUCCCAAGGAUUGCUCGGCGAGCUUACCCACUUUCCACAGCCUCUCUCAUUGCCACUAGAUCCGAAGGUUAUGCUUGUUGGAAUCAUUGCUCAGGAGUCCUCUCUGUUCAAAAGUGCACUGCACCCGCUCCGUCUCACAUUUCGCACAGAAGGUGGCGGGAAAUGUAAGAUCAUCUUCAAGAAAGGAGACGACCUUCGGCAAGAUCAAUUGGUUAUUCAAAUGGUAUCAUUGAUGGACAGACUUCUGAAGAAGGAGAAUCUUGAUUUGCGGUUGACUCCGUACAGAGUAUUGGCGACUGGGAAUGAUGACGGCUGGGUGGAGUUUAUCCCAUCCAUGUCUCUUGCACAGGUUCUUGCUGAGUACAAGACAAUUGGAAAUUACCUGAAACUUCAGAGACCGGAUGAAGAGGGACCAUUUGGCAUCAGUGCAGAGGUGCUUGAGACUUUUGUGAAGAGCUGUGCAGGUUAUUGUGUGAUCAUGUAUAUCCUUGGAGUUGGAGAUAGGUGCUUGCAAGAGAAAUUCCGCUUGGACGUCGAUGAUGAAGCAGCGGUGCAAUUCUUCCAGUCUCUUAUCAAUGACAGUGUCUCAGCUCUGUUCCCCCAGAUGGUUGAGGCCAUUCACCGAUGGGCGCAGUAUUGGCGCUGACCCAUACGGGUGUUGACAGGCAGGCAGGCAGGCACACGGACAGGUGCUCCGUCGUCACAGGUGACCAUUUGCUUUUUCUCCUCAGGGUUGGUGAGCAGCAGUAGUUGUGGCCCUUGUGGGAUCUUAAAUAAGGUCCUAACCAGAGGAGUAAAUUGAACUAGAUUCGCUUUCUUAUCUUAGUUUCCACCUUUUCCAUUGGUAUGUGGGCCGAUGGUUGUACAUAUUGAAGACCAGAGGGUGUAGUGCAUAUCGAAAACCUGAGGGCAUAGUACAUAUCGAAGACCAGAGGGUGUAGUGCAUAUUGAAAACCUGAGGGUAUAGUACAUAUCGAAGACCAGAGGGUGUAGUGCAUAUUGAAAACCUGAGGGUGUAGUACAUAUCGACGACCUGAGGGUGUAGUCCAUAUCGACGACCUGAGGGUGUAGUCUAUAUCAACGACCUGAGGGUGUAGGCCAUAUCGAAGACCUGAGGGUGUGGCUUAACUGUCGCGGUGUGCAACUCUGUUGACUUUGCGCUCUUUGGCUUCUGAACAACAGGACAAAGUUUCUUCAACAUGUUAAACGGAUGUCCUUAUAAAUGAAAUCAAUACGAUGUC